GAGGGCCCAACUUUGGAACAUUACAUCUGCCGUGGUGUGCCGCAAGGACCAUGCAGCCCACCGUCAAAGCCAUUGUCAUCAUUGGAUUGGUUGGAAACCUUGUCGUUCCGAGCUAUCCUUUGGUGCACGAUGCGGUUCCUGCCCUGCGUGGAACUAUGGCACUGGCCUUUUUGACUUCCUGUUUUGUCGGAAGCAAUGCCUUUCUUUGUGAAAAGCUUGGUGGACCGUGCAAGUACAACACCGACUGCUGCCACCGGCUCGUCUGCCUCCAGGCGACCAUGACCUGCGAGCCGCGCGGGCCACACGCGCGCCGCGCGCGGCUCUCCCGAACGAGGCCCGCGACGAAGCCGGGAGGAGCCAGGGCGGCGCCCAUGCGAACCACGGCCAUGUAGCCGGGCCGCCGAGAUUGCCAGCAGUCAUGUCUCCACUGCGAUACUCGAAAAGACUAUUUAAAAUGCACCUACAAAUGGUACGCAAACCAGACAAUGCUAUUCAUUAAACGCCAUGUCGCCAACAACAAGUCGGAAAAUUGCCAGCCACAAAACAGAAUGCUCUUGAUUAUGCAUACCGUGAUACUUCUGAACAAAAAUAAAGCAAUGUUUCCUCCGUGA